UUGUGGCUGUAGCAGCGCUGGGAUCCAGGGGCAGCAUUUCUCUAGGAAGCAGGGAGCUUUCCUAGAGGGAUCCCAGGAGCUGGAGAGGGGAUUUGGGCAAGAAUUUGGAGGGCAUUCCAUGCAAGGAGAGCCUGCUGGGAGGGUGGGAGGUGCAGGUUGGGGCUCUGCUGGUGUCUUUUCUCUAUAGGCCCUCCCCAGCUGAGAGAUCGUAGCAUCCACGGGGGCUGCUGGCAGCCCACCUGCUACCAAGAGAUCUCAGCUCUUGGAGAUCCCACCUGGAAGGACCAGACUGGCACAGAUCCAUCAGCUUUAUACUAUGCAUCCCAAAUUCUCCCACCCAGGGAGCUGCUGAAAGGAGAUGUGGAUGUGGGAUGCUUUCCUAGCAGCUGUGGUUGGAGAGACCGAGGACUUCAGCUCUGGAAGCCCAGUUGUGACUCUCCCGUGCCUGUAGUGGAAAACGGCCAUGUCAGCCCAAAAGGACAGAAGAGUUUCUUCCUUCUCUUUCCUGCUUUUCUGGGCUUCUUCCAUCCCAACGUGGGGAAGCGCGAGGCUGCUGCAGGAGCUAAGCCCACAGGAGUAUUUCAGUAGCUUGCAAGCUGGCAGAGCAUCCCUGGCUUAUUUCAGCCACAAUGGUUCUCCUGGUGCCCAGCCCUUCUUGGAGCGGAUUGAGGACUCGACUGAGGCCCUCCACGACUAUGGCAUUUCGGUGGUGAAGGUUAAUUGUCCUAAAGAGGAUGUCUCAAGAUACUGCAGGAAAGAAAACGCAGUAAGGAAAGCCUAUCUGUUCAGAGGUAAUGUGCUGAUCAGAGAGUUCCCCACCGAUGCCUUGUUUGACGUGAACUCCAUUGUUGCAAACAUUUUGUUUGCCCUGCUCUUCAACGAAGUUAAAUACGUUGAAACCCUAGCAGAUCUUCAGAACAUUGAAAAUGCGUUGAAAGGAAGGUCGAACAUGGUCUUUGCCUACGUACCAGCUACUGGGACGGCAGAGCACAGAGCGGUGAUGGAGGCAGCUUUUGUCUAUGGGACUGUCCACCAGUUUGUUCUGACGACUGAGGCAACACUGUGGAAGGACACUGGUGAUGAGCCUGAUGUGUCAUCUGCCCGGCUGUUGUUCUGCCACUGCCAGCGAGCCACGGACCUGGCACAGCCCUGCAGGAGGACAGCCAUGGAGCAGGCUCUGACGAUGCUCAACAUCCACAGGCACCUCAAGCUCAUGGGGGCUCCGCUGGUGACAGAGGUUGCUGAGGACCCAGAGAAGGUUUCCACCGUUCACUUACAACUCGGGCUGCCACUUGUGUUCAUUCUGAGCCAGAAAGAGACCUACGAGGCUGACAGGAGGACAGCAGAGUUUGUGGCUUGGAAGCUCUUGGGGAAAGCAGGAGUUGCCCUUUUGUCCAGGGACCUCGUAGACUUGAACAUUCUUCUCCGGUCAAACGUCGCUCUCAAGACACCAGAUGAGAGGGUGCCAGUCAAAUACCUGAUCUUGGAAGACACUGACGAAGUUAUAACCCUGGUGGAAAAUAAGAGUGAGGUCAAACAAAUCCAGAAGGAGGAGGAGGAGGAGGAGGAUGAAGAAGAUGAGGAUGAAAAGGACAAUGACGAUCAAGACAUUCAGGAUGAUCAGGUGGUGGAAGCAGUUUCCCGGGACAAGAAGCGAGAGCUACCCUUGGAGCAGAUCCUUGCCUUAACAGAGGACACCUUCCACUCUACCCUGUUGGAGGCUUCCCGGACAGUGGUGCUGUUUUACGCCAGCUGGGAGGCGGUGUCCCUGGCAGUGCUGCGCUCUUACAUCGAGGUGGCCGAUCACCUGAAAGGAACUCGGGGGGUUUUGCUCUCUCGGGUAAACUGCUGGGACUGGCCUGACCUUUGCAAGAAGGAGAACGUCAUUCAGUUUCCUACCAUCAAGAUUUAUGAGAAGGGAGAGCGAUCAAUGAUGUACAAUGGCAUGUGGGGAACCGAAGAACUGACCAGCUUCAUCAUGCUGAGCCGAGUUUCCUGCCCUCUGAAGCUGGCCACGAUUGAUGAAGCAGAAGGAUAUUUAAGAGGAGAGUUUCCGUCUGAGCUGUCACCUUAUCAACACACUUCGUUUCUAGGAGUAUUUAGCACAGCCACGAGUGAAGCCAGGGAAGCUUUCGAAGAGGCAGGAAACAUCUUAAGUGGCCAUGUAACGAUGGGGAUGUAUUUUGAAGAUGAUGCCUUGGCUUUCUCCCGUAAAUAUGCGCUGUCUCCCCCAGCCCUCCUCCUUGCCAGGAGAGGAGGUCAGAGCAUGGAAGGCAUCACUUUGACCAAAAAGAGCGUGCAGGACAUGGUGCGGAUGAUCAGAGAUGAGUUGCUGGAUAUUUUUCCAGAAAUCACCGUGCAAAAUCUGCCCCGCUACUUGCAACUCAGAAAGCCCUUCCUCAUUUUGUUCAGCGAUGGUGGUAUUGGUGAAAUGGAAAGCAAAGAAAUGCUGAAGCUGGCUAAAGGAAGACCCCAGCAAGCGUUUGUGGCUUGCUGGUUGAACUUGAAGAAGACUCCAGUAGGACGUGGGGUCCUGAAGGCGUACUUUGCCACCUUGCCUUCACUGCCUGUUCUCAUCUGGGUGAACCUUCAUGCCGGGGGUCAGGUAUUCAAGUUCCCAUCAGAGCAGCCCAUCACGGAAAUGAACGUCUUGUCUUGGCUGGAGAAGCUCAAGGCAGGACUGGAGAUUCCCAGCAGUACCUUGUCUGAGGAAGACUGGAAACCACCUCUUCCCGCUUACGACUUCCUCCAGAUGAUGGAGACUGCAAUGCCUGAGCUUCCUCUCCACACCUCCCACGACCAUGGGGACACGCCGGCACAACACCAGCUCGAAAGCCCUGGAGGGGACACGGCCAUCCAGGAGGAACCAUCCCAAGAAACCAAGACAGAGAAAGUCAUGUCCCCUGGGAGAGACCUGCGUGGGACAGCCCCAAGACUGGCAGCAAGGGAGAAGCAGGGCAAGAGACACAGCGAGCUCUGAGAGCUGAGCAUCACUUUGCCUGGACCACUGAAAGAUGUGGGGUGGUGCCUGUGAUGACUUUUCCAUCCUUCAGCAAGCCUUUACACCGAAGAGAGGAGUGCUUUCAGGUCUAAAUCAGUGGUGAAGGGAUAAAACACCCCCAAAUCUCAGUAUGAGUUCCCUGCUGCAGUGCGUUGGUUGUUUGGUGGUGGUUGUGGUUUCUGAUGCCAGAAACGUGUCUGUACACCCCACACUUUGGUCCCCUGGGACUGCAUUUCACAGCAAGCAGUGAGGGCAGAUCUGUGGGGAGGUUGCUGUGAGGGAGCUCAGCCCACCCCAGCGCUGGAGGAGAGACGGGGUGAGCUCACGGCACGCUGGAGGCUCGCCUGCACCAUGAACGAUGCUGGAAAGGUCAAAUCAGCACCGCCUGGCUCUGUAGUUUCUAUAUGUUUCACCUCGGCUAUUUGGUUGCCGCCAAGCAGGAAUGAGUGAGUGAUUCCAGGAUGAAAAACAGAUUUUUCUCCCCACCUCGGCUGCAGUAGCAGCUCUACUGAUGUGUAUCAGCAAACCCAGCACUCAAAACAGCAUUACAUCUGUGCCAUGGAGCUGGGAGGGCAAGUGUGCCCACCAGCCACUCCAGGGCUGUUUAAACUGGUGCCCACUGGUGUUUACACCUGACUUGUGAACUGCAUUGUUCAUCCUCGGCGGUAAGAGGACGAUCCGGUUAAAGCAGUGUUAUUACAAAGGCCAGAGCUCAGGUCAUCACAACAACCAUGAGGAGAAUCACAGAAUCAUAAAAUCAUUCGGUUGGAAAAAAUCUUGGAGGUCAUUGAGUCCAACCGUAGCUGUCCACUGGUAAACCAGAUCCCUGAACACCUCAUCUCCCCAGCUUUCAAAUACCUCCAGGGAUGGGGACUCCACCACCUCUCUGAGCAGCCACUUCUGAUGUUUCAGCGCUCUUUUACUAAAGACAUCUCUCCUGAUACUCACUCUAAACCUCCCCGGCACAACUUGAGACAAUCUCCUCCCAUCCUAUCAUUUGUUACUUGGGAAAAGAGCCCAGCACCCACCGCACCACAACCUUCUUUCUGCGAGCUGCAGACAGCGAUGAGGUCUCCCCUCAGCCUCCUUUUCUCCAGGCUAAACAGCCCCAGGUCCCUCAGCCGCUCCCAGAACCCCUGUUCUCCAGCCCCUUCCCCAGCUCUGUUCCUUUCUCUGGACACUCUCCAGCCCCUCAGUAUCUUGGAGUGAGGGGCCCAAAACUGAACCCAGGAUUCAAGUAGCAGCUUCAAAUAGCUGGGACAAAAAUAUGUUGACAAAUUCCAGGUUGGAAGAUGGCUUUGCUCAACGCUGGCAUUUUCUUGGUUACAAGCCCAGGGGGUUAUUUGUAGCCUUCAUUUUUCUUUGCUCUCGGUGACAGCAGCGAGGUUGGUGCUUGCUGAGCUGGGGUUGGGAUGGGGAGUGAGGUCUGCAGAAAGCUCAGUGCUUUGGAAAUGAGGGGAGGGGGAGGAAGGGCAAGGCUGGCAGUGCUGGGGACAGGCUCUUCUAGUGUGGGAUGGAGCUGCUUCGCUGCUGUAGAAGAAUAGAACCUGAGAAGUGGCUUUCCAGCCUCUGUUCAUCUCCUGGGGACAGCAAAGAUCUGCUGUUCCUUUCUGGAGAACCUGAACUUGCUGGUCAGCGUGGGAUAUGGGCUGGGGAGAGUACUGUGAAGCUUUGUCUAAUCCCACCCAUGCUAUGAUCUUCCCAUCCCCAUCAGUAAACAUCUCCAUUCCACAACAACACUGAGAUGUGCUGGAAGGGUUGGAUCCUGCUCCUUAUGGCUCUGAAGUUACUAGGAAGGGGAAAAACUAAUGGUAGGGAACUGCUUUGAGCACUGUAAAGUCUGUAUUUCUCAUCCUUCAAGCAGCCCACGUGGUUGGGAGUAUUUUGAAAUGCCCAGAAAUAGACCAUUAGUCCUGGGUUCUUCUUGAAGCCCUUAAUUGAAACAGACCAUUUUGGGACUUAAUGACAGGCUUGGAGCCAAAAUGUAUGUAUUUAAAGUAGUAAACUAGAAUCCAGAUCAGAGCCUGCCUUGCAGCUGAGUAUUCCCAAGGGAAGGAGUGGGUUGGGAUGCGAACAGAUCCUCCGUGAGUUCCUGUCAUCCCUGUAUUAUGUAAGGUUGUUACUCUGCUGGGCUCUAUGAGUUUCUUCGUUUCCCAGCCUGUCCCUAAUGAUGCCACAGCUGUUGUAACAGCAUCGCUUGGAACAGGUGGAUAUUUGGAAUGUCUUAAAUAAAUUCUAUCUCAAGUCCAGUCCAUCCACAUCUCUCUUGAACACGAUGUGGUGACAUGGGCUGGUGUCCUGGGCUGGGGUGGGUGCACCAAUGGGAAAGCUCCUCCAGCAGAAGGAUCCCUUCUUUUAGUGGGGUUUGUGCAAGAUGAGAGGCAUAGAAUGGUUUGAGUUGGAAGGGACCUUAAAGAUCAUCUAGUUCCAACCCCCCUGCCAUGGGCAGGGACACCUCCCGCUGGAUCAGGGCGCUCCAAGCCCCAUCCAACCUGGCCUUGAAUGCUUCCAGGUAGGGAGCAUGCACAGCUUCCCUGGCCAGGGCCUCACCACCCUCAUCGUCAAGAAUUUCCUCCUUAUGUCUAAUCUAAAUCUGCCCCUCUCCAGUUUAAAGCCAUUCUCCUCAUCCUGUCACUCCAGGCCUUUGUAAAAAGCCCCUCCCCAGCUUUCCU